CAAAAGCAGUCAGUUGUCAGUUACUCAGUACACAGUACAGUUCAGUGAACGAACACAAAAUGUCCUGCAAUGCAGUGGCCAGGAAACAGGAUCUGCCUCCUCCAGGGGGCUACAAGCCCAUCCCCUUCAAGAGGAUCCCGGCUAAGCAAUUCUUCAGCGGAUAUGCUAUGUUUGCUGGCUUCAUCGGCAUGACCACCGGCGCCCUCUACCUGCACUACCUGAACUACAAGUGGGUGAAGAAGCACGAGAUCGAGAUGCGCUCAGCGAAGAUGGCCAUCUACCCGAUGCUGCUCGCUGAGCGUGACCGCGAGUACUUGAAGCAGCUGCGCAGGAACAGGGACGCUGAGGCGGAGCUGAUGAAAGAUGUGCCUGGAUGGGAGGUCGGCACUUACUACGGCGAGAAGGUGUACAAGCUUCUGCCCCCGGACACGCUUGUAGAACCCAUCUUCCAUGAGUACUACGCCCACACUGACCCCAUCGCUUGGUACCAGCGCGCCUACAUCAAGCUAAUGAGCUAAGCGGACCACUGUUCACAUAUUUGGGGGCUUUGGACUGAAAAUAUGUGCCAUUCUCAACCAAAAGGGUACUUAUUGUCGGUUCACAAUAAGCCGGUAUUUCCAUUAGAUUCAAUUUGAAAUCAACCUUAUCGACAAUGUGGUACCUUUUGGUUGAAAACGUCGCAUAUGUUAGCUUUUAAGAUCUGUUUUUAUAUCCCAGACACUAAAAUGAGGUGUAUUCACAUUUGUCCCGGACGAGGAUGGGAAUAGGUUCAUAUGAAUCAUUCCCAUUUGUCCUUGCCUCAUGUGGGUGUCAGCGAGGACAAAUACAUGACAAAUGACAGUUUUUUUUAAUACCACAUUAGUGACAAACAAGCAAAGACCUGAUGAUAAAGAUCGCCGUGGCCUAUAAACUUUUGCAAUUUCCUGACACAUGCGCGUUGUCAACCCUUUUUUGAAGUCAUGUCCCUCGAGAAAACCUCGGCAUGGAGCUCAUUCCACAGCCUGAGCGUCCGCGGAAUGAAAUUCCCAAUCUGUCAUGUCAAAAGUAUACCAUUUGUACAAAACAUAAUCAAACUAUGGGUUUAGUCUUUGGGAUAUUAAAAACGGAGCUUAAUAACAUAACUAUUCUAAAUAUAUGUAAUUAAUCAUGGUCCAUGUUAUAUCAGAGAAAGUAAUGGAGUUAGUUCAAAUGGAUGAGGAUGUAAAUUGACUGCCACUGAUUUCCGUUUGUAAAACUAUUUUAUUUUAGCUGUUAAUUUACAAAUAAAUCAAUAUAAGCAGUC